CCUGGCUAGGGAUGGGACAAUGCGGUGUUGGUGUCUGCAGUAUUCUGACUCCUGGACACCGGUGGCUGCAAGCUGCGAUUUUUGGCGUCCUCUCAUUUCCUAUCCUUAUCUCUGCCCGCGGCUGCCUUGGCCAGCCACCUUUUGAUUUUUAAUCUGGUCAUUGAUCAAUACAACGAACCUAAGGAAAUACAGGACAUUAAUACCCAACUGCCAGCUCUGGCCCAGGGCUUGUACCGCGCAGCGGGCUGCAGAAACUUAGCCAUAGCACCCUUUGUCGCUGAGGUCUGACGCUCGCUGCACGUUCUCAUUCCCUGGGAACGUGACCCCAGCAUCCGACGCCAAGAUGCCGGCACACAUACUGCAAGAGAUCUCUGGCUCUUACUCAGCCACCACCACAAUCACAGCGCCACCUUCUGGGGGACAGCAGAAUGGAGGAGAGAAGUUUGAAAAGAAUCCUCACCACUGGGGAGCAGAUGUUCGCCCUGAAAUAAAAGAUGAUCUAUAUGACCCUACCUACCAGGAUGAGGAGGGGCCCCCGCCCAAGCUGGAGUACGUCUGGAGGAACAUUAUCCUCAUGGCUCUGCUGCACAUGGGGGCCCUGUACGGGAUCACCCUGGUUCCCUCCUGCAAGGUCUACACCUGCCUCUUUGCGUAUUUGUACUACGUAAUCAGCGCCCUGGGCAUCACAGCCGGGGCUCAUCGCCUGUGGAGCCACAGGACUUACAAGGCACGGCUGCCGCUGAGACUCUUCCUCAUCAUCGCCAACACCAUGGCGUUCCAGAAUGAUGUGUACGAAUGGGCCCGAGAUCACCGCGCCCACCACAAGUUCUCAGAAACACACGCUGAUCCUCACAAUUCCCGCCGUGGCUUCUUCUUCUCGCACGUGGGUUGGCUGCUUGUGCGCAAGCACCCGGCCGUCAAAGAGAAGGGCGGAAAACUGGACAUGUCUGACCUAAAGGCUGAGAAGCUGGUGAUGUUCCAGAGGAGGUACUACAAGCCCGGCCUCCUCCUGAUGUGCUUCAUCCUGCCCACACUGGUGCCCUGGUAUUGCUGGGGUGAGACUUUUGUAAACAGCCUGUGUGUCAGCACCUUCUUGCGAUACGCUGUGGUGCUCAAUGCCACCUGGCUGGUGAAUAGUGCCGCCCACCUCUACGGAUAUCGUCCCUACGACAAGAACAUUAGCUCUCGGGAGAACAUCCUGGUUUCGAUGGGAGCCGUGGGCGAGGGCUUCCACAACUACCACCACGCCUUCCCCUAUGACUACUCCGCCAGUGAGUACCGCUGGCACAUCAACUUCACCACGUUCUUCAUCGACUGCAUGGCUGCCCUGGGCCUGGCCUACGACCGGAAGAGAGUGUCCAAGGCCGCUGUCUUAGCCAGGAUUAAGAGAACUGGAGAGGGGAACUGCAAGAGUGGUUGAGUGUGGGGUCUUCCAGUUCCUGUUCCAGAAGCCAGCUUGGCAGAGGCUUACUGUUCUGUUAAUUAACUACUGAGUAUUGCUACCCAGAUGCUAAAAUGAUGACGUUAACCCAUUCUGGUACAGUAUUGUAAAACAGACAAAAAUCGGAAGUCAACAGCUCUUCCUUUUGAUGCUAAGCUGACCUUCCCUUCCAGUUUCCUUUCCCGUUGUCUUUUUCUUUGCUUUGUCCCUGAUGACCCUGCUUCUCAUCGUUUCCCCCAAGCCAGCAGCCACUCAGCUAGGGCAGCGCUCACCUUCCAGAGUUCAAACACGUCAAGGGUCUACAGUAAAGGUUCACGCCCCUCCCCCAACCCUUCUUAAGCUGCUCUGAGUUAGAGAUGCAAGAAAAAUCUUGAGAGAUUUCUCCUGAUAUUUUUAGCCCCAGGCUUUGCCAGAUGGAAUGGGGAAAAAUAGUUUUAUUUGGCAGGGUGCUUGUAAAGUAGUUAAAUCUUAAGGGGCCAGAUUCAACCUGCAGGCUGUGAUUCAUCAAAGCUGUGGGAGAGGGGGCUCUCUUGUGACAGGCUCAGCUCUGUCUCGCAGAGGUACGGGAGCCUUUCAACACAGCGUGCCUCGUCUCCUGAUUCAGAGUAGGUGGCAGCCACAGCACUUCGUGACACUAAAAUAUGGUAACACAUCAGUGCUCUCAGUGUAGUUUAGGCUGAAGAUUUAAAAAAAGUAAUAGUAAGGUGAAAAACCAUUUGGAGGAAAAGUGGUCUUUACUAAAAUAAGGAUUUUCUUUUCCUUUAAUAACAAGGACCUGGAGCCGGGCGUGAUGGCUUGCGUCUUAAAUCACAGCAUUUGAGAGGCAGACACAGGUGGAUCUGAGUUCAAAGCCAGCCAGGGUUAGAUAAUGAGACCUUGUCUCAAAUAAAAACAAAACAAAACAUGCGGAGCCAGGGGUCCUCUCGAGGUGUGUUUGGAAUCCAUGAGGACAGUCACUCAUGGUUUGAGUGUCCUGUGAGCUGCACCCCCAGAUUCUUUUAAUUCCUGUCUCCCAUCUUCCAAGAUGCUGGUCGCUCCCACAAAUUAAGGAUAGCUCUGGCGUUUCCAUACAUCCGACAGUGGGAGGAUUUUAAGAGUUGAGCUUGAGUCACAGUUAAAACUGAAAAGACAUAGUCUGUCCUGGAUCCUACAAACACUCUGUGAGUGCUUCCCUCUGAAAAAGAUGCCGAAUGCCUUCUUCCACUGUCAGGCAGCGGACGGGCAAGUUGGAAGUCGCUGUAGACGGCUCCUGAUAACCUUCCAAAGGAAAGCUUCUGGGGGCACCUUGCCAGGGGACAUCACGGCUUUGGGGUGCUCUAGUGGAACAGGUUAGGUUUUAGCUCCCUUCAGUCCCACUGCUGUUUGUGGUGAGGUGUUCCCCUGCAGUACUGACUCAAGCCUCACUAGCUCUGUGACCAGAUAAGACUCUGCCUGGGAUACAUGGCUGAAAUCUCUCCGCUCUCCCAUGUCGGCCCCUUUUCCCUUACCCAUUUUUUGUGUUUUGGGGUGGUUUGUUUUUUUGUUUGGUAUUUCUUUUUUCUUCCUUCUUCCUCUUUGACAUUUAGUCUUGCUUUAGUUAAAAACAUCCUGGAUAUUUACAGGUAAAGAUGUGUGGUCCCAGCAGCUUCCUCGUGCAGAGAUAUAACCUCUAUCUGUAGUAGGUAGAGAUGGCUAUAUCCCUUUCUGAUAGCUUUCAGAUCCUCCACCUCUAUGCCUCCCAGGCUUCUGACUUUCUUUAAACUUUAAAGAAAAAGUUUGGCCAACUUUCUAGAAACAUCCCUGGCUCAGAGAGGUUCUUAGUCUCUUCAGUCCAUUCCAAAACAAAUGAUCCGGUGGUGCAGAUGCCGGCGCAAGACACGCUUCCUGUGAGUCAGGGCAGAGCAUGCUCUGCACUCCCUGCACUCAGCAAAGCUUCUCCGGUUAGUCCUCCUGGGUGAUGCAGUGCUUACAGAAGGGAGAUGGUGUUGGUUAAGUGGAAAGCACAGCAGUCAAGGUUGUGCUCUUAAGUGCCUCAGUUUGGAAGCUUUGGGUAGGGUAGGAGAUCUGAGAUGCCGAGAACUCUGCAUAAAGGAUUCUGUGUAGCAGUGCAGAAGCCUGGCUGUAUUAAGAUCGGCUGCCUGUACAGCAUACCAAGUGCUGUAGUUGGAGGGAGCAGUCUUCCCAUGUUAGCUGAAUAGAGAGAGCCUUUAGGACCUCUGUGCGCCCACUUGAAAGUAGCCUUCUCCUUUAGCUAUUCGCUAAAGUAGAAUUCUUGGGAGAUCACAAUAUAUUUGCUGACCCGUGGCCCUGUUCCUUGGAAAUGCCUUUUGAAUGAUUUUAGUUCCACUGGUUAUCUGGUGCCCACUUAAAUCAAAUGUGAAAAAAAUAAAAGCAGCUCUCUCCUUAGCCUUCCCCGUGGAUCUGAACCAUGCCGUGGCUGAGGACCCCGUUAAAUACAUCUGUCGGUAAGGGCAUGCCAGCUCACUAAGAAACACUACUAUCAGGAUUCUAAGCUCAAACCAAGUGACACGUUAAUAAGAGACUUAAGAUCUGACUGAGUGGGUUUUCUAACAGUCCUUGCCUCGUGGACACUCUAAAAUUUGACUUGGGUGCCUUACCUCUUUCUAACCAGUGUUGAACAUGAGCCUGCGCUCCCUUCCUCUGUGGAUUCCUUAAAUCCGGAGAGCCUGUAAAUGUAGCAGGAUCAAAACUAGCCUGGCUGGAGGGUUAGCUGGCCAUGGCUCUGCAGAAUCGCCUCUGGGGGGGGGGGUCUUCAUUUUGGGAACUUUUCUUGGGGCUGUUGCUGAUGAAGUACCCAUAGCUGACGGAUGGGGGAAGUAAUUUUGAACGUAUGCGGUUUGUAGGUUUUGUUAUUUGUUUUAAGACUUAAAAGCUGGUUGUAGCAUUUAAAGUGAAAGCUUUUCUUCCUGGUUUGCUAGUGCUCUGAAUGUCUUCUUUAGUUGAAGUAGGUUAGUAGGAAUGUUAAGAAAGCGGUGGCCGAGUUAUGCUGGUGGUGAAGGCCAGGGCCGCCUCCCGACUCUCAUUUUUGUAUAACAGUCCCACUCUGACAAUAAUGAGUUCACUCCUGGGGUCAGGAUGUUCCUGAGGGAAGAGCCCUCCCGACCUAAUCAGCUCUUACUGGACCCAGCUGUCAACACUGUUGCAUUGGGGAUUAAGUUUCCAACCCGUGACAUAAUGGGACAGACUCAAACCAUAGCACUGGGCAUGCCGCCUAACAAUAAUGUGACUCAGUAUUCUGUGAAACUGGGAUAAUAUUUCUGACCUACCUCCGUGGGUCGAUGUGAGCAUGAGUAAAUGCUCUUGAUAAAACAUUUGGGGAUCCUCUGCAGAGGAGUCCUUAAGUCCUGCACAUUUUUAUAGUAACUGUCCACCAUGGACUUGACACGUGCCUAUGUCCCAGAUGACAUUGUUAAUUUACAUCAUUCUUCUCAGAGGUUGAAUGGAUGCGUUAGAUAAUGUAUACUCACUGCUAUGAAAACAUGCAGGACUCCAUUUCCUUCCUUGGGUGGGAUUUUUCCUUUAUUAUGUGCAACAGUAGUUAUUUGUAAUCUAAUAAUUUUCAUUAAUACCAACUCUGAAAGUAUUUCUACUCAUCUGAGGUUGUGUUUGUUCAUAAUAAAAUGAAAUGGAUCUGACUGCAAAA